AUGCUUCAUGACGGCGUCGGCCAUGAAAGUCAAGAGGGAGCCACGCCGGCUGACGAGGAGUGCUGUCAACGAGCGGCCACACAGCGCUUUCAGACUCCAAGAGCAGCGAAGUGCUGGGAGAUGUACUGCGCAUUUCUUGCCAAUCCUGGAGUGAAGUGUCCAAGAUGCUGGCGUGUUACCACAUACUGCUGUUGCGCGGCUAUGCCUUCGCUGAAGCUUCGCCCCCAUGUGAUCGUGCUCUUCCACCACGAGGAGCUUGGGCAGCACUCCGCCACCAACACGGCGGUACUGCUUCUGCUCCUUGGAGCAGAUCUGUUCUGCUGCGGCCAUCCCGAGCACGAUGAGCGCUUGCAGGCACUGCUGAGGGAAGAUGUGGCUGGCACCGCUGUCCUUUUCCCAUCGGCAGAUGCAUUGCCGGCGGCUGCUCUGGCUGAAGCGGCGGCUCGCCUCACAUAUUCUGGGACCCAAGCGACGGUGGCCGUAGGCGUAUCGGGUCUUAUGCUGAAGACAGGCUGGGCUCAAUGCAAGAAGAUGAACCAGUGGCUCGACCCGGUCACCUUCAAGCUCAGUGGCUUACGAGCUGCCUUGAGAGGUGUGUCGUCGAAACUGCCACGCGAGAAGAGCUUCGCUGCUGAGAGCGGAAGAGAGUUGCAGUUCCAUCUGCCUCGUGUCCGUGAGUCGCGGCGGCGAGUCGCGGCCACGAGGUUCGGCGCCACCCGGCGCUACCGUGGGGCCCAGAGCGGUCGCGUCCAGACGGCCUCGGCCUUCGCGGCCCUUUGCCGGGAGCUCCGCGAGGAACCGCAAGCCGCCCGCCAGUCCGGUCCGGUCCUUGUCGUCCUUGUCGUCCUUGUCAUGUUCUCCUCACGCUUUCAGAGCCCUCAGCGAGAGGAGGUUGACGAGGGAUCAUGUUUGACUCAGGCUGGAGGUGUGGCUCUCCUGCCUGUGCGAUAUGAUGAAGAGAAGGAAGGCUCGCAAUUGCCGGAUCCGGUCUCCGUUGGCGUGGCGAUCUUCUCACUAGCGCAGCUUGGAUUGUUGGCUCUGGGAACGACGGAGCAAGACCUGCCGAUUAAUCGUAGCAGCAUCCUGGGACUGUGGCCCCAGAUUACUGGGCACCCUCUGCACCCCAUACCUAUGCAAAGCCUCUGCGGGGGAGACAUGAAUCGUGCUUCUGUUGAAAUGGAUGGAAUCUGGCAGCCGCUGUCGUUUCUGUCCAUGGUGCCCAUCCCGGAGUCAGUCUUCUACUGGACUGUCGAGAAGCCCAUAUGGGCGAUCCAGUCGGAGGAUCUCCCGGACUACCUGGGCUUCUUCGUGCACUGCAUUAGCUGGCUUUUGACGCUCAUUAGCCUUUUCUGUAGCCGCAUCCCAUUCUCCUGUCAACAUGGCGGGUGGGUGCUGAUGUUUGGGGUCGCCUACUUGGUCUUUUCCUUCAUGCAUUACUGCUUGAAGAUCGGAUUGCCACACGGGUGCACAGGCUACGUCCAGCCAGAAUGCCCUAUCUACGAGGUCCUGGACUGGCACAAGCCCGAGGAUGUCGCGACAGUCUCCUUCUUGACACUUGGGGUCGCUUUUCCCACGGCCAUCAUUCUGUACUCCUGGAUGGUGCAUCUGCGGGAUUCCUGCGACGGCAAAGCCGACCUCAGGGAGAUGGACGACAUCAUCAGGAGGCAGAUGGAAGCCUUGCAGGCGGCAUGGUGCAGUGCUGUUUCUCUUCAUGUAGUCUUGCUGGUUUUCAGAGCCGGUUACUGGAAGCCGCAGCGACAGCGAGACGAGCAACAAUGCUGUUGCCACGAACGCCAGUGGCCAGGGAAGAGUAACGGCAACGACGGCAACAGCAUCAACAACAACCAGAACCGGAAUCACGACCACGGCGACGGCCACAGCAGUGCAACAGCAACAAGCACCAAACAACAAGCAGCAACCAACAACCAGCGACCGGCCACGGGCAACCGGCAACCAACAACCAACAAUCAACAAGCAACAACCAACGACCAGCAAAACCAACAAGAACCAAGAACCAACCAACGGCUAGCAGCUAACAGCCAACCCUGCCGCCACCACCAACACCAACAACGACAACACCAACAACGACCACAACAACAGCAACAACAAGCAACAAGCAACACGCAACAACCAACAAGCAACACGCAACACGCAACAAUGACCAAGCAACAAGCAACACGCAACAAGCAACACGCAACACACAACAACAACAUGCAACAAAAGCCAGCAACAGUCACCGACAAAUAUCAAGAACCAGCAAGAAACGACAACAAACCACCCCAACCAACAGUCAAGAAACAACAAAUAUCAACAAGCAACAACGAAAAACAACCACAACAACAGCAACCACAUCAACAACAUCAACAACAGCAACAGCAACAACAACAGCAGCCACAACCACAGAACCAGCAGCAGCAGCAGCAACAGCAACAGCAGCAAUAG